CCUCCGAGACCUCGCACCUCCCAGCAUCCCCCGCGGCCGAGGGGCUGGGCCUCCCUCGUCGCCUAGGCAACGCCCAAGCGCCUGGGCCUCCUCCACUCUAGGAAGGCAAGAAGAGGUCGCCCAGAGGAGCUGCAGUUUCGAAAUGUCUUCAUUAUCACCUCUAUCACCAUCAUCGACCCCACCAUCUUCUGUCAUCCUCAGUGCCAGAAGAACAGAAUCCCAAGAUAUUCCUGAUAUUGUCAAUCACAUGAAGUAUGAUACAGAAAGACUGUUUGGCAGAAUUAAUGUCAUCUAUCUUUUAGAAAAAGCCAACCUUGCAGUGACUAUAAUUAAUCAGAAGAAUAUACCAGUUGCUCAUGCUGCGUUUGUGGACUACCCCAAUUGGGAUAUCGUUGAUCAGGCAAAGUGGGAAUCGUACUUAACACAAAAUUACUUUGACAUCAGGUGUACACCUUUAAAUACAUUAUUUAUGCAUCUGUUUGUGACAACUGAUGAAUAUGCUCUUGACUGUUGCCAGGAAAUAUUGAAGACUGUCUUUAAAACUGUACCAGAGCUGCAUUUCAUACUUCUCUUUGUACCAACUCAAGAAGAUUUGGGUGUAGACUUAUCAACUGCUUUUGUGUUAAUGAAGAUUAAACCAGGUUCAACUUUUAAUAUGGACUAUAGUCUGUAUGUGUCACAUAGACACCAGUAUUGUCCCCAGUUGCAUGUCCGCUAUGCCAGGGUGGAAGACCAUGAUGAUCUCACUCCUAUCUUUGCACGCCAUAAUGAUACUCUACAACAAACCUAUGGAGAAUACUUCCUUGCUGAACUAAUAGAAGCACAGGAUGAAGAGAAUGUUGCUGUUGUUUGUGAGGAUGAUGGCCUAGCAGUUGGCUUCAUGAGUGUAUGCUCUGAAGUGAAUGUACAGUUGCUUCAUGAGUGCUUUGACUUGGGUCCCUUUCAUGGACUGUGUAAACCACACCCAGAAGACAUUCUUAAGCCACCACAGAUGAUAGUUUACACAGGUGAAGAAUCUGGCAGUUUCAUAAGUCAAAAAGAAGAAACUUCUAGUAGCCUGUUAUUUACAGACAGCCAGAGAUUUGCCAAAAUUGGAAGUAUUAUUUCUAAGCUUUCUGAUGCUGGCACAACAGUAUCUGUAAGAGGAAGUAUUCAGAGUAAAUCAUCAGAGCAGAAAGCAGAAUUACAAGUUCAGUCUUCAUUAGAAUUGCCAUUAGACAGAGACAGAAGCAAGGAUUUGAAAGCCACGGAGACAGAAUCCACUCUCAGUCUUGAUAGAGAAGCUUUUCAUCCCCUGUACAGAGGAGCAGUAAAUGCUUUUUGUAUUCAGCUUUUUUGUAUUGAUGAAAAACAUGAAACAAGAUCACUGGACUUUCUCAAUUUUGUUUUCAACAUUUUCCCAGACAGAGACUUUUGCCUUAUUUCAGUGCCACAUAUGGUGCCUGAGUUUCAUUUAAUCCAGAACUUUGUCAGGGUCAUUCCCUUUAGUAACUGCACACUGGAUCAUGAGCUCUAUGUGUUUCACCGUUCUGGACUGCUCAAGUCUUUUCUUGUGAGAGCAGCAAGAACUGGUGAUAUCCCUGCUAUUGAACUGCUAAUAAAAACCUUGGAACUAAGCAAGAGUAUUUUGGAUGAUGUUGAAAAAUACAUAGAAGCACGAAGAGAUUCAGAUGGGACACCAGUUCAGGCAUUUGUAGCAGAAGUCUUAGAUCAAAUAGUUGGAAUAUCAGUUAUUAGGAAUGAAAUGGUGCCUGUCCAGGACCCGCACUCCUCCUGUCUGCUCUGCCUCGGCAAGGACCAUGACGCCAAGGCUUGCCCGCUCUGCAAGUCCCUCUCGGCGCAAGCCCGGAAAAAUCGUGAGUCCCGGCUCACUUCGGCCAUCGCCCUUGGCAAGCGCCCCCAUAAAUCAUCGGGGACCGAGGGUCUCGAGUCCAGACCAAAAUCUGGAAGGAAACCGGAGGGCUCGCAUGCGAUGGAACGGACGGAGAAGGAGGUCCGGCUCGCUUCGCCUUCGUCCUCCAAGGCGUCCAAGUCAUCCCGACACGCCUCCAAGCCGAGGGAGCCGGCUUCGCCUUCGGGAGCGACGAGCGCCCAACCCCCCGAGAGGGCUAAGUCUCUAAGGCCCUCCUCGUCGGGAACCGCCGCCGUCCUUUUGGACCUCCCGGACAACCCCUUCUUCCCACCAGAGGAGACCCCCAAAACGGGAAAGAAGAGGCACCACAAGGAGGCUGGCCGAGAUCCCGCUUCCAAGAAGCCCAAACGGCCAAAGGAGCAUGCCGGGUCGGACUUGCCCUCCAAGCCGAAGGACAAGAAACGCUCCCCUUCCAAGAAGGUUCGCGCUCCUACAGUUUCCUCCAUUCCGGAGCCUGCUCCUGAGGAACAGCUGGUCCCGGUACCGGACACACCAGUCCAACCCACCAUGGACUUCGUCCACAAGGUGGAAGACGCCAACCCCGGCUCCACUCGUGGGGAACGGUCUCCCCCCUUCUCUCACUCCGAGGAUGAACGCGACGAUGAAGAGGUUCAUAGACAGGAGGCCCCGGACCUUUUCUUCGAUUCCGAGACAGGCCGGUACUUUAUGUCUGUUCCGAGGGAUGUGGCCUUCAAAGAGUUCACCAGGCUCAACCCUCGCCCUGCGGAUCCACGGGAGGGCACCUCUACCCAGUCGAUCCCGAGUGUCUCGGUCUUGGAAAAACCUCCAUCGUCACCCCGACGGCGCUCUCAGACCUCAACAGUCCCCAUCCCGGUUCGUCCGAGAUCCCAAGUCAGGAUCCCGGACAUACCUCUCACUUCAGACACGGACUCCGAGGAUGAGCCCCGGCCUCCAUCCGAAGUCCCCUCAGACGAGGACGACCUUUCGGCAUCUGCCUCCCCGCAGAGGAUGCACCACCCGGAGCCGUCAUCCCCAUCCGACGACGUGCGCUCAUUCAGUGAGCAUGUCAUGAAGAUGGCCAGAGCUCUUGACAUCGAGCUCUCCUUCCCGGAGGACGAUGCCCGCGACCCGGUGGAGCGCCGAGUGCAUGGACGGCUUAUCCUUCAGUUCCAGAAUCCCUGUGCCCAUUCCCUGACAUCUGCCCUUCAUUACAUGGUUCCCGUGCGACCAAGACGACAGAUUGUCUAUCCUCUGACAAAACUUGGCAUAAACGCUCCAUCAAAAGAGGUCUCUAAGGAUCAGUUAAAGUAUGCUUUGAACCACUUUAAUCGAAAGUUGUCCUUAGAGCCAAAGGUGUCUGUGAAUGCUAGAAUUGUAGUUGUUGGUGCAUCAAAUGUUGCCAUCUCCUUCUUGGAAACACUGAUUUUUUGCCCACAUUUGAAAUUCAACAACCUUACCCUGAUUUCAACUCAUGGACUACCAGGGAAAGGUGAAUCAAACAAUCUGCAUAAGUGUUUUUUAAUUAACAGCCACUGUUUUAAUGAAGAUGACCAUGCAUUGAUGUCACUUGCUUCGUGGAUUAAUGUUGUGGUUGGAAAAAUGACUGGUAUAAACAGAUCUGCAAAGCAUGUCAUAGUUCCCAAGCAGAAUAAAGUACCAUAUGACCAUCUCAUUCUGUGCACUGGCCAACAGUAUCAGCUCCCAUGUCCUUCUGGUGCAGAUAUUAAAAAAUUGUUAACCAACAGAGAGGUCUCAGAAGACCAUGAACAAAAAUACACAGGAACUGUACCUUCCAAUCUUUUUGUCAUUUGUGAUGAUGAAGAUGCUGUAAUGGCAAUUAAGUGGCUUAAAGAAAAAGUUGUUAAUUCUUCAGGGAACGUUAUUGUCUAUGGGAAUACAAUUGACAUUUAUACAACUAUAGAAUCCCUCUUAUCAUUAGGAAUCAGUGGUAGUCACAUAUACGUUGUGCAUCCUCCAUCAUGCUCCAAUGUUACUGCUAUCAACAACAACGCUAUUGAGAAGGCUGUCCAAAGAGCAUUAUCCAGGGCUGGUGUGACUGAGCAUCAUGACAGCCUGCUGGCUCAGUGGAAUGAUGGCAACUACCCAGACCCAAUUGCAUUCGUGUCUUUCACUACUAAAACGAAGCCAUUUCGGUUGCAGUGCUCUGCUUUCUUUAACUUUACCAACAAGACUGUGGAUUAUGAUGCCUUCAAGGCAGUUAAUGAUGCCUGCCUUGUUUAUGAUGGGAGGCUUGUGAUUGACACCAACUUCCAUACCAAUGAUGUGGCCAUCAGAGCUGCAGGUCCAUUGACCAAGUUCUCCAAUAUAUAUUAUGCCAAUGAAUGGACACACAGCAAUUUUAGCUCCAAGGAGAUUGGCUUCCAGCUUGCUGCCGCCAUGCUGCAUCUUUUUGAUCCAACUCUGGAGCCAGUUUAUGAACCUCCAGAAGAUAUGGAUAGGCUAAUCCCUAUGUACAAGGGAUGCAAAAUUCAAGGUGGUCUUCUACCUGGAAAAUAUAAUUAUGUGCAUAUUUUUAAACCUGGAAUACCUGCACGCUUGGAUGUACAAGAAACGCAACCUAAUUAUGGGAUGGCGAUUACAACAGGAGAUGCAAUAAAAGGGAACUACUUCAGAAUACAUGUUAACCAGUACAGUAUGAUCGAAACCAUUACCUGCUUUUCAAAGGACCGAAUUCCUGCCUCUAACUAUAUAUGCCUGUUUGGACAGCAUGAGCGUCUUCUUAAUAAUCUUUGUUCUCGCUGGAGAGAGGGACUGAUCACAGAUCUCUAUAGCUACUUGAAGGAACCUUGGGCCUUGGCCAUCUAUCACGAUCGUUUUAUUGAUCUGAAGAAAGAACUACGCCAGAUCCUAGUAUCUGUACAGGAAGAAGAUGUUCCUUCCAUGCAAGAACUCGUUCGCCAAGUGGUGGAGGGGGAGCUGACAUUAUUUGAGAGACCGAAGACUUAUCUCAAACGGUCGUUUAAACAAACGGUCUACAAAAAACUGGUGGAGAAAAGUAUUCUCAGUUACCUAGACUAUAACCAGUAUCACCUGCCAAUGUUUGCUUGGCCAGGGAUAGUUUAGGAAUGCCUGACUGGAUAUGACUGGCUCUUUUUGCUCUUUUCAGGUAGAAAGUCUUCAGUUACGAAAUGCUGGAGGUGAGAGGGGGCAUGGUGGUAUGUCCCUUAGAUCUAAUUUUUCAUGACCAUCCAGUGAACAAAAUGAAAUGUGUCUUAUUUAAACACCCCAGUAGGUGGAGCAUAAUGCCGGUCCUGUAAUUCAGCAAGGCACAGUUCAAGAAGUAAAACAAAAGCCAAUGCAGUUGAGUGAUGAUACACAACAAUUCCUACAGAGUGUGGAACUUUCUAAAAACUAUCCAUUAAAGAUAAUUGUAAAUUGAUUGCCUUUGUUCUUUAGUCCUGUUUAUCUGAUCUGAGGCCUACAGAGUUCUGACUGGAGGCCUUUGUCUCAGUUUUGGUGACUCAGAUUAAUGCUACAGCAACUCCAUUUCACUGCACUGACUCAGCUUUCUGAGUUGUGCUGCCGUUAAGCCCUGUAGUCGCCUGCGCUCCUCUGUGCCAGGGACUCCCUCCCAAGCAGAACCUGACAGAUGGCUGGUGAGAUUUGCAUAUUGCAUUUUAGCUUUUUAAUUGUUCAUUCCAAAUGCGAACUUUGUAUCUCUCUGUCUUCCUGGACAGAAGGUACAUUGUAAUAGGAGGGAGGUCAAUUCUCUAAUGUGUUGGCUAGUGACCCAGCAGCUGUGGGGUUAACUCCCUUUCCAGUGGCAUCUCAGCAACCCAUUGACCAAUUGCAACUUGGUCCAUUGAAGAAUGUUUGCUAUUGGCCAAAUCAAUACGAUAGAAAAAUCAUCCAAGGCGGGAAAGCAAAUGAAUUCUGCCAAAUGAAAUCUGCACAGUUUCCCUUUAUUUCAAGUGGUGAAACUGAGAUUAUGAAUUAUUGGUAGUAGAGGAGUACCACCAUAAAACAAAUGCUUGCAAAUAGGCAUCUUUACUUUUUAUGUAUUUAUACUUUGAAUCUGUCACAUUUAUAAGAAAGGAAAUUAUAGUGUUAGCUGGCAAUUGUUGAAAGAAGAGGAUUGGGACUACAAGGCCAAACCCAGCACUAUCUGUAAUGACCAUUUUUCUUUCUCCUAAGAACUGCAAUCCUAUAUGUUUCUAUGUAGAACCAGGUCACAUUGAGAAUAGUAGCUUUGUAAGUGGUUACAUGAUUGCACCAUUACGAUUUCUUGAAUUAUCUGGGGUUCUGAUACGUUCAUUAAAGUAGAUUGAUUCUCAUAUAUGGUAUAUUUUCUUUUCAAGAGAACUAACUAAAAGUGAAAGAGACAGACAUAUAUAUUAGUAUUUGGAGCUCCUGUCACUAGUCCCAGCUUCUGCUAACCUAGCAGUUUGAAAG